UCCCAAACACAACUGACCACGUCUGCCUCUUCCCAUCCCAAACCUCAACUCCCCAUCUGCCAGCAAAGAUGUCGUCUCCAGCGCCGCUUCUAAGCAAGCGGCCGCUAGAAGAUGACGACGAGGCGCCACCAGUAAAGCGCGGUCGAGGCAAGCCUCGAAAGCACCAAAACGCGACUCCGCCAAUGGACCCCAACAUGCCAAAGCGUGGACGCGGAAGGCCUCGCAAAGACCCCAAUGCGCCGCCGCAGGUUUCCAAAGACCCCACUACGCCGAGCCGCGGUCGUGGGCGACCAAGGAAGGACGCCGGUGUUCCUCCCUCUGCUCUAACGGCCCCGAAUACUCCAUCGCGAGGUCGCGGUCGGCCUAAGAAGGAUGCUGCAUCCAAAGCCUCAAAUGCUCCUUCCAGAGGUCGCGGUAGACCUAAGAAAUCUGGUGCAACUCUGCCUCUCAUUUCUCCAGCCAGCGGUACCACUAAGCGGGGUCGCGGUCGGCCAAGAAAGUCGGAUGCGGCUCUGGCCAUGGCCCCUCAUGCCGACGCUACCCCUAAGCAGGGCCGCGGCAGACCACGGAAGGGCACCACUGGCACCAUCCCGUCAGGCACCCCGCAAGCAAGCAAUACUCCAGCACGUGGCCGUGGUCGUCCUAAGAAGAUUGAUGGGACCGCGAAUGGCGCCGUAACACCCGCGUCGGCCAAGCGGACACCGAAAAGCAAUUCCAUACCCGGUCCGAAGCUUGGAGAUAUCAUUGGCGCCUACGCCAUCGAUUGCGAAGAGGUGGAAGGCAACUGGCCCGACGCUGCGGAAGAGAUGGCCAUCGACAUCAGCGCGCUCCCCAACACCGCGUCCAGCCUCAUCGCAUCCUUUAAUCUAGGCAUCUUCGAAGGCACUAUGCUACUGGCUGCUCAUGCAGACACCCUCGAACGCGUCCGCGAGCAGAUGAUGAAUGCGGAUGCUCCGGGGCCAGAUAAGGCAACCGCACCGACUCUGGAAGACCGUACUGUCUACUUCACCUGGCGCGGACGCGAAACAGGAGAGGGCGAGAUCCACCCGGAUACCAGGGGAACGCAGACUGGGAUUCUCCAAUUCACAAAUGACAAGUGCACCUCGUUCAAAGGCCUCGGAGGGUUUCCCUAUCUCGGCGAAGAGUGUGCAUUCAGAGGGACGAGGGUGGAUGAUGAGCCUAGCGGCGAGCCUGAGCCAUGGAGCAAUUUCUCUGAGGAUGCGUAUGAGGAGGCAAGGCGAAAUCGAUGGGGAUAGACACCCCAAGAUGGCUAUGGAAACGGACGAAAACACAGCGAAAAUUGAUAUCUGGACAGCGGGACAGCCUUUGGUGAUGAAAUAGCUGUGGGCUGGCACGCCUGCUAGGCUCUCUCCGUCUAAUAAAAGCGUAUUAUAUUUCCGUGAAAUAAAAAAAGCUUCGCCCAGCACGAAUGUCUCCACAUCAUCUGCUUCGAUCUCGCGCGCCCAAGGUCGGCCUCGCCAUCCGCCCAACCUACGAUGCUUUGACGUUCGCCGGCUCGCAGGUACCCAUCGACUAGCAUUUCGGCCGCAAGCCAUGAAAGACGGAGGUAAGGCCAAUAUCCUCUCACGAGCUACUGUUCGACGCCCAAAAACUGGCGCCGUAGUACAUAUGCUAUAUACCUUCAUUCCC